AGAAUGGAAUACACGAUUGAACUAGCGACUGUAGUAAAGUUCCUAUUAGACAAUAUUCUUUAUUAUAGGAAUGUUUUUUUCUGGAAAUAUUUUUGUAUAGAAACUAACGGUCACUUCGAUAUUUUAAAGAGUAAAAGAUUAUCCGCCUGAGUUGUUAAGAUCGGUAUAUCGGACUUAAUAUAAUGACUACCUAUGUAGGUUGUUAUUAUUAACUAGUAGUGUUAUUACUCUAUAUGGUGGUUAGUGUUUAGAUCGGUUAAUAUAGUAACAUCAUAAAUAGAUCAAUAAUGGAUUUUCUAUCACACAAUAGUUGGCUGUUAUUAACUUUAAAAAUCUAGGUACUCGAAAACACAUAUUGCUCAAGAUUUAUUAUUUUCAAGUUUAACUGCUCAUAUUACGGUAUUAGAUAGGAUAUAAAGGUGAUUUCCCUAAUUUACUGUAUACUCUUGACUUCCUGCAUGAACAAUCAGCUAUGAGCUAAUGGGAAAUAGUGCCUCUGUGAAGGAUAAGAAAAAUAAAGGUUCAACCAUCACAGUAGCUGAGGCUAACACAAAACAAUCGCCUGGGGGUGUCAAAAACAACAUGGAGAAACGAACCGCCCCGCAGAGGGGUGGUAAGUUUCAAGAGGUCCAUUUAAAGAAAUCUGCGGACCACAAGAGUGAUAACUUGGGACCAAAUAAAUCCCAAGCUGAUAAAGAGGUAUCAUCUAGUCCUAGAUCUAAUUCUAAGACAGCGAAAGAAAAUGCUGCAGUUGAGAGUUAUGAGAAAAAAGCCCAGUCUCGUGAUAAAAAUACUACAGCCCCAACUGAGGGUGAUGAGAUCGUAUUUGAAACAUUUAUUAUGAACGAUGGUAGAGAAUUUCAGUGUCUCUAUACUGGUGGUAUUAGAUUCUACCUAGAUGAUUGGCAUUCAAAAGAAUGGCAGCCAUUUCCACAUAGAUGGUAUAAUGAAGGACGUUUUGUCACUGGUAAUAUUCUAGCUGAUAAUAAUCAGCAACAGUCAAAUAGUUCAAACCAACAAGGUAGAAGUACAGAACAAGUAGCAGAAGAUGUUCAACAAUCUAGAAAAGAUGACCGGGAGGGAACUAUACAUCAUCCUAAACGUGGUACAAUCAGAACUUAUCUAUUUAAGGAAAAACAUUAUGUCCAUUGUUUUUUCGAUCCUUCGUCUGGUGAAUGGAUGAGGUUACCAUUAGGAUGGGAAUUACAGCAUCCUCUAGUGAAGGAAAUGGUUGGCCAAGUGGAGGAAGCAUUACCCAACUGGAAGAAUAGACCUCAUAUACUAGCAGCUUUAAGAGUGUGUAAUUAUAAUCCUGAUGAAUGUAUAUCACUAUAUCUACAUCUAGAAAAUGACGAAUGGCUAAAUCCACCAAAAACAUCACAAGAAGAAAAUAAACUAAAAGCAAGAGAUUUAAAAGUUAAAGAAUUAGAUAAGAAAGUCCAAAGUCUGGAGGUCAAGUUAAAGAAUGAAGAGAAGUUAAGAAAAGAUGCUGAAGCUCAAGUACUAUCUUUACAAGAGAAAUUAUCUGAUCUAGAAGCCAAAUCGGGUAUGGCUGUAGCUCAAGUAGAAGCUAUGCAACAAACAAGACCGAGAACAGCACGACCAAAAACACCCAAAGAUAAGAAGCCUCAAGGAUGUUUGUCUUUAGAAGAAUUAGAUAGUUUGAAUACUAAAACAACAGAGAUUCACAAAUGUCAUGCUCAGUUUAAAUUAACUGUAGAGAGACAAUUGGAAGCAUUAAAGACCAUGAUUUUACAGGCUAAUGAAACAGCUAAGAAGUUAGGUGAAUCUGAUGUUGGUCAUAUGAAAGAAUUAGAGGAAAUAAGAAGUUUAUAUCAAAGAGAAUCUUUACAAAGAAAACUUCUCUAUAACCAGCUUCAAGAAUUACGUGGUAAUAUUCGAGUAUUCUGUCGACCUAGAAGAGAUGAUAAGGUUCAACCCUGUUUAACGUUUCCCACUGAUAAUGAGUUAAUGUGCUCUAAUAGUGACGGCAACAAGAAAACAUUUUCUUUCGAUAAAGUUUUCAAGACGACAGCUACACAAGAAGAAGUAUUUGCUGAUACGAAACCAGUGAUAACAUCCUGUGCUGAUGGUUAUAAUAUAUGUUUGAUAGCCUACGGUCAAACCGGUAGUGGUAAAACAUAUACAAUGAUGGGACCGGAGAAAAACCCAGGAAUAAACAUAAGAGCUCUGACAGAAUUAUUAGAUAUCUGUGAAAAGAGAGCCGAUGUCAAGGUGUAUGAAAUGAAGAUAUCUAUAGUUGAAAUCUAUAAUGAAGCUGUAAUUGAUUUAUUGGUACCCAAUGGUAAAACAGUGGAAUUAAAAGCCUCGGGAACCAAUUUUAGAAUUCCUGGAUUAACAGAGGUACCAAUAAGAAGUGUCGACGAAAUUAAACAAGUUAUGAAAACUGGAGAUGAAAACAGAAGUGUAGCUUCAACCAAGAUGAACUCGACAAGUUCUCGUUCACAUUUGAUAUUGAUGUUAACAAUAGAAGGUAAAGAUAAAGUCAAUGGUGCAAUAUCUAAAGGAAUGUUAACAUUAUGUGAUUUAGCUGGUUCAGAAAGAAUUGGUAAAACUGAGGCCUCGGGACAACGAUUAGUAGAAGCUGCUGCCAUCAACAAAUCUCUAUCUGCUCUCGGUCAGGUAUUUUCUGCUUUAAGAACAAGUCAAAUGCACAUUCCGUACAGGAAUUCGAAACUUACCCAGAUUUUAAGACCUUGUUUAGGAGGUGAUGCUAAGGCUUGUGUCUUUGUCAAUAUUAGUCCCGAUGUAACUAACUAUCCCGAAACCUGCAAUACGCUAGAAUUUGGUUCCAAUGCCAGACAGGUAGCAUUAGGUCAAGCUAAACAGAACGUCAAGAGAAUGAGAGACUAA